CGAGAGCAGGCCGGAGUUAUGUGGGACAGCUGUCAGCCGGCACGCAGGGUGGGGCCUGCUUAGCCGGCAGGGGCACAAGUCUGGGGACACUGAACGGGUGUCCCUGCCCCAAGUCUUCAGCCCCGCCGGCCACGCAGCUCCGGUCUCCUCCCGCGGGUCCUCCCAGCUCUGCGAUGAUGGCCGAGGAGCACACAGACCUGGAGGCCCAGAUCGUCAAGGACAUUCACUUCAAGGAGAUCGACUUGGUGAACCGGGACCCCAAGAACAUUAACGAGGACAUAGUGAAGGUGGAUUUCGAAGACGUGAUCGCGGAGCCCGUGGGCACCUACAGCUUCGACGGCGUGUGGAAGGUGAGCUACACCACCUUCACCGUCUCCAAGUACUGGUGCUACCGCCUGCUGUCCACGCUGCUCGGCGUCCCGCUGGCCCUGCUCUGGGGCUUCCUGUUCGCCUGCAUCUCCUUCUGCCACAUCUGGGCGGUCGUGCCGUGCAUUAAGAGCUACCUGAUCGAGAUCCAGUGCAUCAGCCACAUCUACUCCCUCUGCAUCCGCACCUUCUGCAACCCGCUCUUCGCCGCGCUGGGCCAGAUGUGCAGCAACAUCAAGGUGAUGCUGCGGAAGGAGGUGUAAGGCCGGGAGUGGCGACGGGGGCGGCCGCGCGGGGGAUGUCAGCCCAGGCCGGCCCCACAGGACUGCUCCACGCGGGCUGCCGGCGAGCUUUUUCUCCUUAGGGACUGCUAUUUCCCCCCAAGACGGGAGCACACACUUCAGGGAAGCCAGAAAGAGAAGACGACCCCCGCGCGCGGAAGCACAGAGGCCCUUCACUCUGCCCCGCCCCCCACGAUGCCCCCUCGACCCGGCGUGAGGGAAGAUGGUUUGCUAAGAGGCAGCUACUGCAAGUCUUUGCGUUCACCUGUACUGUAACAGCGUCCACCAGCACUCGGUUCCCACCCGGGCUCAACCCGUCCACACACGCCGCCCGGGAAAGCCACCGGUGACUGUCGGCGUUGGGAGGGUGGCUCCAAUAAAGGGUUUCGGCCGCA